AAAAAUGAUUGCCUUCCUUCAACGCUCAUCAUAUCCACAGCUUUUCAUCUUUCCAUGACUUCCAUCAACACCGGAACACUUGAAAAUGUGGAAUUCUCGAUCCAAAACCUACUCAAGAGCUGGUGCAGACGGCAAAAAUGGCGACAACUUUGCCUCUUCUCCUCAAAACAACAUCCACAAGAACUCACCUCCAUCGAACCACGGUGGAGAACCACUUUAUCUGAGUUCCUAGAGUCAUACCAAGUUCACCUUUUCACCAUCUUCUUGCUCUCUCUCGACAUUAUCUUAAUGUCCCUCGAACUAUCUUCCUCUCUCGUCUCCUGCACAUCAGCCAAGAAGACGUCAAACAAGGACGAAUGGUUCCAUUGGGGAGGAACCGCCAUUCUGAGCAUCCUCGCCGUUAAGUCCAUGGCUCUAGCUGUUGCUAUGGGGAGAUCGUUUUUCAGACAACUAGGCUGUGUGAUGGACGGGGCGGUUGCCAUUAUAGCUCUGGUUCUCCAGGUGUUUCUUGACAGGAAAGGGACAGGUUUCAUAGUGGUGGUGAGCUUGUGGCGGGUUUUGAGGGUUGUGGAGACUGCUUUCGAGCUUAGCGAUGAAGCCAUUGAAGUGCAGAUAGAUGGAAUCAUCAACCAGUUUCAAGACCUUAGUCAAGAGAAUAGAACAUUGCUAGAGACUCUUGCAGAGAAAGAUGAAGUCAUCAAGAAGCUAGAAGAAGAGAUAAAUCAAUUCAAAGAAACUGUAACAAACCAAUCAUAGGGAGGCUAUGUAAACUCAAUAUUCAGAAACUGUAACUCUCUCUCUUUUGUAUUGUUUCAAGCAACUUAAUUAAAGUAAACUCAAGCUGCAUCUCA